AUGGACGAGGCCGCCGGCGCCCACGAUGCCGGCCAGGAGGGACGGCGGAGGGCCGCGGGCGGCGCGGUGGUGGAGUAUAUCUGCCCCAGCGCCCACGCACGACUCCAGGAGAGAGCCCACCACGCACGAGAGAGAGAGAGAGAGAGGGAGAGCGCCAUCCGGAGAGAUGAGCAGCGGUGGCAUCAUGUCGCCGGCGCUGGCGAGGUCCAGCGGUGGCAGCAUGUCCCCGGCGAUGGCGUGGUCACCGUCAUCCAGGAGGGGGGAGCACAGGAACGGCGGCGGCCGCUUCAGGGCGGAGAUCGAGAUGGACACGGGCGUCGCCCUUCCCAGGCCAGUCAGCCUUCUCUCGAUUCUUUCCUCCUUCUUGGUUCCGUCCUCCAACGUUUCUCUCCAUCUUGCUCUGUUUCUUCCGCGCGCCGAUGCUUGCUGAGCUCGCCUCCGUUCUCCCGAUCGCCGCCCGCCAUUGUUGCACCUCCCUGCCCUGCUCUGUUCAUUCAAGGAUUGCUCGCUUUCUUGCUCGACGUGUCUCUGUUUCGGACCGGGUUAAUUGAUUCUUGGUGUUUGGUUCGCGACUCGAAAUGCAGGGGCCCGGAGCUUGGGUUCGCCGCCGCCGUGCGAGAGCCGCUGGUGAGGCUGCAGCGCCCCAAGUACGACUUCGAGAGGUGGGACUGGGGCUACUUCGCAUGGCCGCACGACCGUCUCGACGCCAAUCUGGAGAUGAGGGACAGCGAUCCGAGGGCGACAUUCGAGGCGGACUCCAAGGUGACAGAGAGCUUCCUGAGCCGGAGCACACUGCAGCUAGAGGCCGGCGAAGGCUUCCCAAGCCAGAGCUCGCCGCAGCUAGAGGCGAGCGAGGGCGGCUUCACGAUCCAGAGGACGCUGGAGCUAGAGGCCGGCCAGUGCUGCCUGUGUCAGAGCACGCUGCAGCUGGAGGCCGGCCAGUGCUUCCUGUGUCAGAGCACGCUGCAGCUGGAGUCCGUCCACGGCCAGGGUUUCCCGAGUAAGAGCACGCUGGAGCUGGAGGCCGCCGAGGGCUUCCUAAUAAGCCAGAGCUCGCCGCAGCCGGAGGCGAGCGACGGCUUCCCGAGCCAGAGCACGCUGCAGCUCGAGGCCGGCGAAGGCUCCCCAAGCGGCCGGAGCAUGCUGCCGGUAGAGUUCGACGACGACACGCCCCUCGGACGCUACGCGCCGUGGCGUCGGGGAUGCGCAGAGUCCAACCCGUUCCUGCUUGACCAUUGCAUGUCACCGCAAGGUCGUUGGGCAUACUAGGAGCAGGAGCGAGCCACACCAUGACCAUAUCCCCCCUUGUCCGCAGCACACUGAGAAAGAAAGAGAUCGAGGGGUAACCUACAAACCGGACGACGAUCUGACGACAUAAUCCCCAUAUCUGAAGAUUUUGGGUACGGGGUCUUGGCAGAGCAGAACAAUGGAGGAGUUCGAUUGGCAACAGGGGAGCUAAACCAGGAGACGCAGAAUGUCGUCGACGGGACGAUGGCGUCUGUUGAUUCGUAGGUUGAGACUUGAGAGGCUGAUGCGUCUGGCAUCAGUUUGCUGAUAGGGAUACAGUAGGUUAGCAUCAACAAGUUUUGGUUCCAAACUGUCAGAAAGAAAAUCUGUAAAACUGUUAGAAAGAAACACCCAUGUAAAGCUCCCCAGAAUUCCAUGGCUCUUCUGAACAACUGUUCUUGACUGGAUUUGUACGCAGUAUACCAGCUGGUUUGUAAUUUGAUUGAUAGUCUUCGAUCUC